AUGCCCAAAAACAGGCCAUCGCAGCAAAAACGAAACCAAGCGAAAUAUGAUGAAUGGGCCAAAGAACGGCGAGAAAGAGACCUGCGCGAGCAUGAGACUGCUAAAGCAGUAGCAGAUGAUGACAAACUCGAAUUCGGAUCCAAGAUUGAUGAAUUGGCCAAAAUUCGAAAAUGGUUCUCCGGCGACACACCAACUCUUGAUCAAUACCUCGGAGGAUCCUUGACUAUUUCUGAAACAGUAAACAUCAUUGCAAACCCGAUAGACGUAUCAUACACAAGUGCUGAUUUCGGCCGAAAAUAUUACGAAGAGGAGAUGUGCGCUCGGACACAACGCGGGUUUCACAGUCCCGAGAAAGCACUUGAGCUUUGGGGGCCCGAGGAGGAUUAUCCAGAACCUCAAGAAGAAUGGGAUCCAUCAAAGUCCACUGAAUCGCAACUAUGGGACCUAUGGUUUUCUGUUCUUCAUGCAGCGAAACGGAUCCCAUUUACAGAUGAAGCGCAACAACAAAAACUAGUUGACCUAGUCAAAGCCUUGAAAGCACGUCCGAAUCCACCUCCUCCUGAACCAAUGACGAUACCGUUGAAAAGAAGUUGGAUUUGGGAGUCUGGUACUUUAUGGACAGAUUUAACCGUCCUUGGUAUCUCAGUAUCAGAGACCUUUAACGACGUUUGCGGUUGCGGAGCAGGUUGGCUUUGGCCAGAACAGCGAGCAUGCGAAAACCUUUACGCCUUCCUGGCAAGACUCACUUCUAACGGGAUCAACCUCGCCAGAAUUGGAGUAUCGUGCGUCAAUACACUGGAGCAAACUCCCUUUCCAGGAUACAGGCCAUUCCCCACGCCGCCUAUAAGCGAAGUACUUAGUUAUGACGUGACUUGUGCGGCACUCUGGACCAUCAUCGCUGGCAAGGAAGUCUAUAGUGUAUAUCCAGAUACUCGCGAUGAAAGAGACAUACAAGUAGUGGACAGAAUUAUCGGGUUAAGAAACAACAAGUUACCUUGGAAAAGAUCUUUGAACAAAUACAAGGGAAGGGCACGCUGGGAAACUGCACGGAAGGAAUUUGCGCGACGACGAUUCGAAGAGGAAUCAAGAAACGAGGAAUUGUCCGUUCAAGUUCGAGAAUUGGCUGCCAAAGCUGCGCAAGCGAUGGUUCCGUUAGUCUGGCUUCAAGGACAAAAGACUGAUUAA